AUGUCCGCGAGCCGCGUCGGCCGAGUCUGCUGUGGCCGGCCCCGGCAUGGCCCAGGCUCGGCCGCCUCGCCAGCCCUUAACGGUGCCUCUGACUCGAUUCCCGCACACUUUCUCGUUCCCUCGUCUCCAACCUGUUUGCCCAUCUGCCAUUGUCUAGGCGGCAGCUGGCCAGCCGGCUCCGGCUCCGGCUCCGGUUCCGGCUCCGGUUCCGGUGGGUUCGCAUCGUCGAGGCGAGAAGAGGGUCCGCCGGACGGGAGCCCAUCGACGCGGGCGCCGGCCUCCGGCGACUCGACGGACUCGACUCCGGCCACGCUGCCCAAAAGCCAGUUGAGCCGAACUCAGACAACCUCGGCCGGCGAGUCGCCGUCACCGUCACCGUCGCCGUCGCCGCCGCCGUCACCGUCGCCCACUUUUCCCUCCGACUGCCUCUUGGGCGGCAGAGGCGACCGGCGAUUCGGUUGGUGCACGGCCUGCAUGGCCUCGUGUUGCAUGCAGGGCUGGUGGGCGCUUGUGCGGCUCGUCAUCGCCAUUCGUGCUCUCAUCGUGCGGGUCGUCUUCUUGAUCUUCACCUGCGCCGCCAUCACCGUCGUUCUGAGGGUCAAGGAGGACACUCGAUUCUGGUUCUUGGGCCUGACCACGCUUCCGCUGCUCUGCGACCUCGCCUGGUCAACAAAGAUUACCUGCGAGCACAAGACAAGUGGAAAAUCUAUCAACAAAUGGCUGGCAGAUGAUGUCGACUACGAGGGCGGUGACACUUUUGGGCAUACACAAAUUUCAAGGUUAGAUGCAGAAAAGUGUAAUGACUAA